CUCUCUCUGCUUCCACACAACAACACAAAGCUCCUUCUCUUCUCUCUUCCUCACAUACUCGUAUCCUCAAUAAACUCCUCCAUAACAUUAUUAUCAUCAUUACUCAAUCCACAUUUCCCAUUUUACCCUCGCUUCUCUUUCGAAUUCUCCACCCCCAUUGCCCACUCCACUCAGAUGACUUGUGCAGUGUAAUGAAGAAGACGAUUCAAACUCUCCUCUUCUUCUCCUUCUUCCUUCUCAUCCAUCUCACCACCUCUCACGGCGGCGCUCUCUCCGAUAACGAAGUCCGUCACAUCCAACGCCGUCAAUUACUUGAGUUCGCCGAACGGAGCGUCAACAUCACCGUCGAUCCUUCUCUCGUCUUCGAGAAUCCAAGAUUACGAAAUGCUUACAUAGCUCUACAAGCUUGGAAACAAGCGAUUCUCUCUGAUCCGAACAACUUCACUUCGAAUUGGAUCGGAUCCAAUGUCUGUAACUACACCGGAGUUUUCUGUUCUCCGUCGCUUGAUAACCGGAAGAUUCGUACCGUCGCUGGAAUCGAUCUAAACCACGCUGAUAUCGCCGGUUAUUUACCUGAAGAGCUUGGUUUGUUAUCAGAUCUCGCUUUGUUUCAUGUUAAUUCAAACCGGUUUUGUGGUACUGUACCGCAUCGGUUUAACCGGUUAAAGCUUUUAUUCGAGCUUGAUUUAAGUAACAACCGGUUCGCUGGGAAGUUUCCGACGAUUGUCUUGCAGUUACCGUCGUUGAAGUUUUUAGAUCUCCGGUUUAAUGAGUUCGAAGGAACUGUACCGAAGGAGCUUUUUAGUAAAGAUCUCGACGCGAUUUUUAUAAACCAUAACCGGUUCCGGUUUGAGUUACCGAAGAAUUUUGGUGAUUCCCCGGUUUCGGUUAUUGUAUUGGCGAAUAACCGGUUCCAUGGUUGUGUACCUUCGAGCUUGGUAGAGAUGAAGAACUUGAACGAGAUCAUCUUCAUGAACAAUGGUCUUAAUUCUUGUUUACCGUCUGAUAUCGGACGGUUGAAGAACGUGACGGUGUUUGAUGUUAGUUUUAACGAACUUGUUGGGCCGUUACCGGAGAGUGUUGGUGGUAUGGUUUCGGUGGAGCAGCUUAAUGUGGCGCAUAAUAAGUUGUCAGGGAAGAUUCCGGCGAGUAUUUGUCAGCUUCCGAAGCUUGAGAACUUUACUUACAGUUACAAUUUCUUCACUGGAGAAGCGCCUGUGUGUUUGACGUUGCCGGAGUUUGAUGAUCGGAGAAAUUGUUUGCCGGGAAGACCUGCUCAGAGGUCUCCAGGGCAAUGUAAAGCGUUCUUGUCUCGUCCGCCAGUGAAUUGUGGGUCGUUUGGUUGUGGACGUUCUGUGUCCCCUCGUCCUCCCGUUGUGACGCCGUUACCACCUCCUCCUCCGGUUAACUCUCCGCCACCUCCAUCACCUCCUCCUCCACCGCCAGUUUAUUCUCCUCCACUACCACCACCAUCGCCCUCACCGCCUCCUCCGUCCCCUCGUCCUCCCGUUGUGACGCCGUUACCACCUCCUCCUCCGGUUAACUCUCCGCCACCUCCAUCACCUCCUCCUCCACCGCCAGUUUAUUCUCCUCCACUACCACCACCAUCGCCCUCACCGCCUCCUCCGCCAGUAUAUUCUCCACCGCCCCCACCUCCGCCAGUCUACUCUCCACCACCACCACCACCGCCGCCCCCACCUCCUCCGCCAGUCUACUCUCCUCCACCUUCUCCAACACCAACUCCGGUUUACUGCACCCGUCCACCACCACCACCGCCUCAUUCACCGCCACCACCCCCACAGUUUUCUCCUCCACCCCCUGAACCUUACUACUAUAGCUCACCACCACCACCGCAUUACUCUCCGCCACCGCCACCGCAUUCACCUCCGCCACCAAUGUAUCCAUAUCUAUCUCCACCUCCCACUCCAGUCUAUUCCCCUCCUCCUCCACCUCCUUGUAUCGAACCACCACCACCUCCACCGUGCAUAGAGUACUCAUCACCUCCUCCACCGGUCGUUCAUUACAGCUCUCCACCUCCACCACCAGUCUAUUACAACUCUCCUCCCCCACCGGUCGCUCAUUACAGCUCCCCUCCACCACCACCGGUCUAUUACAGCUCUCCUCCUCCACCGGCCGUUCAUUACGGUUCACCACCACCACCGGAAGUCCACUACAGUUCUCCGCCGCCACCUCCAGUACACUACAGCUCUCCACCGCCGCCACCAUCAGCUCCAUGUGAAGAAUCUCCUCCACCAGCUCCGGUUGUUCACCACAGCCCACCACCACCGGUGAUCCACCAAAGUCCACCACCACCAUCUCCUGAAUAUGAAGGACCACUCCCACCAGUCAUCGGAGUAUCAUACGCCUCUCCUCCACCACCGCCUUUCUAUUGAUUCUUUUAAGAAACCGGAGACUGAAACGAUGACGUGGCACAAGAACCCUAAACAGAUUAAAACAGAAUACGACGUCGUUGGUCAAUUCUUACACCGAGCACACACGGGCAAUAGAUUUUUUAGAACAAAUUAUUUUGUGAAAAUAAAAUAAAAUAAUAAGAUAAAAGAAAUUGUUUGUAUAGAGUAAGAUCUCUUUUGAAUUUUCUACUAAUUUUAUUUUUUUCUCUUUUAUUUGGAUUUGGUAGAUUUUGUUAUACAUGAGAAGAGCUUAGGCUAUACAUUUUUGUUUUGUUCGUUAUCAAUAUCUUUCUUUGCUUGCAAAAAGCUCCA